AUUUAUUUUGUUAAUAAUUUAAUAGUUUAAUUACUUUUCAUGCAAAUAAUUAAUUACUUAGUAAAUUGUUUUAUUUAUUUUGAAAUAAUUUUUAAAAACAAAUAUUUUUUUAUAAAUAUUUAAAUUUUUGUUCAACAAAUAAAAAAUUAACGCGUGUACUGUAAACAAAUUAAUUUAAAAAAUUAAAUAAACAAUAACUUUUUCAAAAAUUUAAAUAUUCAAAUAUCAGUAAUUCAAAUGACAGGUGUUGCUAAUAAACCAAUGGAGGAAGAAAAAGUUUAUUAUAAAAGUCAAUUUGUUGGUAUUGAUAACGAUCCAAGUGAAUCAGAAUGUUUGUUGUGUGAUUCAACUUUUAUUUUACCAACAAAUGAGAAAGACUAUUUAUCACAUUUGUUUGAAAAACAUCGUCUGAUAAUUGGCGAUGUUUCGAAAAUUGCAAGUCUGAGAAGUUAUGUUCAUUAUUGGAAAGUGAGGUGUAAAAGCGGAUCAUUAGAAAAUUUUUGUACAACAAUGUUAAUGGAUUGUACGCCUGAUGGUAAACCAAGUAAAAAUGAAAUUUAUUAUUUACUAUCUGACUGUAUUGCUGAAGAUAAAACACUUCGUGAUGAAAUACAAUCCGCUAAAUUGGAAUGGGUAAUAAAUCAACAAACUCAUGAAAGAACAGAUAAUAAUUUUAAACGCGGGUGUAUGAUAUGCAAACAGGAGUUUUCGGGUCUGAGAAUCACAUAUUUGACGCAUUUAAAAGAAAAACAUAAUAUUCAUUUUGGAAAGUAUCAUAAUUUAGUUUUUGUUGAUAAAUUACUUGAUAAAAUUCAAUAUAAUUUUGAAAAUUUUAUAUGCAUUUAUUGUGAAAAAGUAUUCAAGGAUAGAAAUGUAUUGAAGGAACAUAUGAGAAAAAAAUUACAUAAGCGCAUUAAUCCUAAAAAUAAAUCAUAUGAUGAAUUUUAUAUCACUAAUUAUGUGAAACCGCGCGAUCCAUUGGAUCAUAAAGAGGACAAUGAAUUUGAUGAAGAAUAUGACACAAUCGCAUUUAGUGACAAUGAAGAUGAAGAAAAUUUAUGGUCUGAUUGGACAAUUGAAAAUAAUCCAAUUAAUUGUUUAUUUUGUUCAACUAAAAUAAGUGAAUUUAAAAAUAUACUAGAUCAUAUGAAAGAGGAUCAUGAUUUCGAUUUUAAUAAAUCAACUGAAAAUUUAAAUUUCUAUGAAAAAAUAAAAUUAGUUAAUUACUUCAGAAAAAAAGUACAUGAAAAAAAAUGUGUUUAUUGUAACGUACUAUCGGAUAACUAUCUUGAGCAUAUGAAAAAUGAAGAUCAUUUUAAAAUUCCUCCGUCACGUAUUUGGAAUUUGUCUAAAUACUAUUCUCCGAUGUGUAAAGAAGAUCCAUUUUUAUAUCAUCUAGACACUGGCAGUGAUGAUGAAUAUGAUGAAAAUAAUGUCGAUACUUUAUCAAAUGAUAUAAAAAAAUUAUAAAAGUUAUUUUUCCAAUAAAAAAAAAUUAUAAAUUAAACACUUUUGUUAAUAAAUGUUUCUUCUAAUAAACACGUUAAUGAAACUGUCUUUUGUUUUAACUGUCAACCAAAC